AUGCAUAAACUCUUUUUGAUAUUCAUCCUAGGAUUUAAGUAUAUGUAUAGCGAAACUCUGUAAGGUUGUACUCUUUAAGACACUUACUAUGAUUUAACUUUACAAAGUUGUGGCAGCUGUUUAAACAAUUGCAAAAUAUGCAAUGACUCCACCUCAUGUUUGUAAUGUUAAAAUAAUUAGUAUUAUGAACAACGCACUGGUUAAUGUGUAAAUUAAUGUCAAAGAAAUUAAUCUUAGGUGAAUUACUUUGGAUUUUGUAUUGAAUGCCAAGUAGAAAACUGUAAAGUUUGCUAAUUUGAAGGUAAAUUAUGCUAAUAAUGCGAAUAAGGAUGGCAGUUAUCAAGUGACUAAAAAAAUUGUUUGAAAAGUGAAUGCCUAAUAAAUGAUUACAGUUUCUACAAUCCUUCCACAGGCCAUUGCACAAUUAAUUGUCCAGGAACUUCAAACUAAAAUAAUAAAACUUGCAUAAGCCUGAAAAAUAUUAGCUAAAUUAAGACUUUAUCAAGUAGAAAUAAUGUUAGUUAAAGAGAUAUCUAAUAUGUAUUCUAUUUUGAUUAGAUAGAUAAAAAGUCAUUUGUUGUGACUCUUGAUGGUAAAAACACAAUUUUCUACUCUUACCCAGAAUUAAUACCAUUGAAUCAGCUAGCUUUGAAAAAUUCUUAUGAUAGAAUUGCUGACGAUGAUUCUACAAACUAACCAGAUGUGCCUUAAGACAAUUAAAAGAUACCUUAAGUUAAAACUCAAACAGAUAGUUAAGGAUGUAUUAUUAUAUAAAAUAGUACUUAAAAGUAAAAUGCAACUUUAUAAAAUUUAAAUAUAAUUUAAAGAGACUACUUGUAAGAAAGCUUGGUAAGCUAAUAAACAAUAGUUAACUCAUUCUAAAAUGCAAAAAGUCCUUUCUUCUUUGAGGAAUUAGAUAAUUAAUUAUCUUUAUUUAAAGAUGAUUUUUACAUAUAUAUUUAUGAUUUAAAUAAAAAUGUUUUAAUACAAACCUAACCUUAAUAAGCUUUAAAUGAAACUUUAAUUUUAAAAGCAUUUAAUUAUGAUGGAAAGAAGAGAGUUGUACUAAUUUAAAAUGGUACACAUAAUGGUAUUUUUUAGUCAGUAGUAGUAUGUUCAAAUCUAACAUAAAAUACAACGUCUUAAGAAUAUUAUUUUGAAUAUGAUAAGCCUCAUUACGCCUAAAUUUCAUAUUAAAUGACUGAAUACAUCAUUACAGAUGAUCAUAACUAUUUUAUUGUUGCAAGCACAUAAGGUUAUGAAAUAAUAAAUAUAAGUCCUCAAAAUAGUAUGAUUGAAACUGAAAGUAAUUAAAAUUAGAUUUUCUUGUUCUCUAACAUAGAUAACAAAAGAUAAUAUUUAAAUUUUGUCACUGAAUUUUGA